AUGACUACAGCCAACGGCCAACAAGCAUGUAGUACUGUGCCUGGUUUCCUCCAACUGAUCGCCAAUUCCUUACACACAGGGAUGGACUGCAAUACUUAUGAGCUGGAUGCCCUGGAGGUCCCUCCUCUCACCCCGAUCAGUAAGGAGGUCCUCAGCCAGGCGGUGAAGGCCAGUUUUGAAGGAUUUUCCCAGGAGAGAAUCAUCCAUCACUUCCCACAGGAUCCUACCUUGUGGUCCGAGUGGGAGGUGAACUACUGGCUGGACUGGUGCCAGGCUGAGUUUGGUCUCUACCGCCUGGGGUCCGACCUGAGAGGCCUGCAGGGCAGUGAGCUGUGUGGCCUGGAAAGAGAGGCUUUCCUGUGCCUGAUGUCCGACUGCACUGCAGGAGAGAUCCUGUGGGAGCAUCUGGAGACCAUGAGGAGAGAGAAUGAAUAUGACUGCAGCUCUUCAUUACCCAACUACACAAUACCAUCUUACUGCCAGCUUCAAAUCAACAAAGAAAGCUACUCAGACUAUGUUCAGGAGCAUUCAGACAAAAAUAGUUAUCAUGUUCAGUAUCAUCCCGCUGAGAGAACGGACCUUCACACUCUGAAUCCGGUGACUGUCCAGCAUCAGGACUGCUAUCUGAUCAAAAGUGAAGAUCCCAGCAGGAACACAACCGCUGCUGCUCUGCUGCAGGAAACAGGAGGGAAUGGAGAGACAGACUCAGAAGUGGAGAUUGCUCACAGCGAUGACUCUGACAUUGUGGGCUCUCUAUCGUGGACUGCUCCACUCCAGGAUAUAGAGCCAAUGACGGAAGAGACCAUGUCUGAAGACCUCUUCACUUUACCUUACCCACACAGCAGCUUCAAAGAAUAUGUAGGCAACAAAACUGAUCUGGGCAGAGCCGUGAUACCAGCAGCUAUCCUUGCCGGUUACACUGGAAGUGGUCCCAUUCAGCUGUGGCAGUUUCUGCUGGAGCUUCUCACAGACUGCAGCUGUAAGUCAUGUAUAAGCUGGACAGGAGAUGGGUGGGAGUUCAAGCUGACGGACCCUGAUGAGGUGGCCCUGCUGUGGGGUCAGAGGAAGAACAAACCCAAGAUGAACUAUGAGAAGCUAAGUCGCGGUCUAAGAUACUACUACGACAAGAAUAUCAUCCGCAAGACGGCAGGCAAACGCUACGUCUACCGCUUUGUUUGCAACCUGCAAGGCCUGCUGGGAUAUGAGCCUGGGGAGCUGCACGCCAUGUUGGACAUAAGCAACAAGAAUCAUUAAUGAAGCAA